AACGACACAAGAUGGCGACCACAUGAAGGACGUGGUAAAAUAUUACCUUGCUACUUCCAAAGUCCGGCGCCAAAAGAAGAUCCUAUUGACUUCGGAAGAGUUUAUCGCACAAAACCGCAAGGAAAAAUCCGCGAACUCGGAGGACACUCCAGCAACAGUCAUUGAAACUCAACCAUCGUACAGACAUUCACUUGAUGAGCAGCAUCAUAGCAGCUCGGAUGAUGAGACGGCCAAGGAGUUGAUCAGCGAGCUAGGAAUCACUGUUGGGCUUAAUCAGAUCUCUACUUGCUGUGAAGUAGCACCUGAGGGGUUUAGAACGUCGCCGACAUCAAAAAUUGAACCUAUCACCUCCACAUCACACAGAAUGGCAAUUCUUGUGAAGAAAGUUCAACCGAUUCUCCAUGUGCUGGACGAGGAUGUACCAUUCAGAUUGCGCGACGAGCUCGUGGCGGUCAAUGCUGAAUGCCUGGUCAACAGGAGGUGGCAGGAAAGCAUGAACAUAAUCAAAUCGACAAUCAAAUCAUCAUACUCUGACAAGCUUGAGCUCAUUGUCAAGCGAAAAUACAAGAUGCCUUUCUCGCAAGUCAAAUCGAACGAGACUUAUCUGUUUCUAAAACUUCUUCUCAACACCGCUGCCGAACCUUCAACAUCAGGCGAGGAGGAGAUACAGGAGGAGUCAUCAAGAGCGUAUCGAUCAUCGCGAG